CCUGCUAUCUCUCCCACACGGCCACACUCAAUUCGCACUGCCAGAGCUAACCAGUGCUGCACAAGCUGAGCAAUAUGGCUUUGAAAAACUCUGCCGUCCUCCUCCUCGGGCUUCUUCUCUCUUGCGUUGCCAUGAGCAGUGCGGCGAGAAUCCUAGAAGAAACUGUCCCGUCCAAGGAGGAGCACCUGCCACCUAAGCCUGAGCUACCCAAGGUAGAACUGCCACCAUUCCCGGAAGUGCACCUGCCACCUAAGCCUGAGCUUCCCAAGGUAGAACUGCCACCAUUCCCGGAAAUGUACCUGCCACCUAAGCCCGAGCUUCCCAAGAUGGAGCUGCCGCCGGUCCCGGAGGUGCACAUGCCACCCAAGCCGGAGCUGCCCAAGGUGGAGCUCCCAACGUUCCCGGAGGUUCACAUACCAUCCAAGCCGGAGAUGCCCAAGGUGGAGCUGCCGCCCAAGCCUGAGAUGCCCACUGUUCCAGGGUUCCACCUCCCGGAGCCGGAGGCCAAGCCAUGAGAAUGGGAGCUGCCUUAUCAAUAUCGUUGCCUUGUUGUACCUGCUCUGCUCCUCGUACAUGUACCUAUCGUUGUGCUGUGUCGAUGAUCUGAUUGUUUAGUUGUGGUUUUCAGCGAGUGUUGUGAGUGAUCUGCUUAUAUAUUGCUAUACAUGAGAAAUGUAUAUUUUGUUCUCACAA